CUUCUCAAUUACGCGGGCAAAAUCUUGCAUCCAAAGCCCAUUAUUCAAGCGCUCGCCACGGGGAUACUAAAAAUUCUCUCCACUUCUCUCUCGUUUUGAGUUUCGCUCAGGGGAAUAACGCGAGGAAUCUCUCUCGGUUCUGUGCGAAUUCCGGCUGUCGAUGGAGAAAACAAUGCCGGAAUCGAUGGAAGCUACACCGUCUGUGUCUUCAAGCCUCGAUCUCCAAGCAGUUCGCAGCGAGCUAGAAGAGUUGCAGAGAUCUUUGGAGGAAGAUGAAGCUUAUUGCACGGAUUCAUUAGGUUCUGAGAAGUUACUGAAGGAAUGCGCUCUCCAUCUCGAGAGCAGGCUGCAGCAGGUUCUGUCAGAAUGCUCUAACGUUGAUAGUUUCUUGAGGAUUGAUGAUUUAGAUGCAUAUGUGGAACACAUGAAAGAGGAACUCGUUGCGGUGGAAGCUGAAAGCAGCAAAAUCUCUAAUGAGAUAGAGGUUCUUAAGAGAACCAAUAUAGAAGGUUCUAAUAAAUUAGAGGUGGAUCUCGAAUUAUUAAAUGUGUCGUUAGAUCGUUUUACAUCACAGGAUCCUGAGAAUGAAACAUUUAAUUUCUGCUCUAUGAACGGUGAAGACCAAAUGAACGUGAUAGUUGACCCUGAAUGCAAUGCUUUUGAGGUUUUGGAACUUGAUAGUCAUAUUGAGAAGAAUAAAAGAAUCCUGAAAUCUUUGCAGGAAGUAGAUGAGAUAUUUAAAAGUUUGGAUGUUGUUGAACAGGUUGAGGACACAAUUGGAGGUCUGAAGGUCAUUGAUGUUGCUGAUAAUUUCAUUAGAUUGUCAUUACGUACACAUAUUCCAAACUUGGAAGAUUUUUCAAGCUUACAGAAACUUGAAGGAAUGAUCGAGCCAUCGGAAUUGAAUCACGAGUUGCUAAUAGAAGUUUUGGAAGGAACAAUGGAGCUAAAGAAUGCCGAGAUCUUUCCUGGUGAUGUCCACUUGCACGAUAUCAUCAAUGCUUCAAAGUCAGUCAGCAAUUCAUUGGAAUGGUUUGUGAAAAAAGUACAAGAUAGAAUUGUUUUGUGUACUCUUAGGCGAUUUGUUGUGAAGAGUGCAAACAAGUCAAGUCAUUCCUUUGAUUACAUAGACCAAGACGAAACGAUAGUAUGUUCUAUGAUUGGAGGGAUUGAUGCGUUUAUUAAGGUGUCUCAAGGCUGGCCACUAGCCGAUUCUCCACUGAAACUUGUAUCACUCAAGAGCUCAGACCAUUAUACAAAAGGUGCUUCCUUAAGCCUCGUUUGCAAGGUGGAGAAAAUGGCAAAUUCCUUGGACGCACGUAUUCGCCAAAAUCUAUCAAGCUUUGCAGACGCUGUUGAAAAAAUAUUGAAGGAGCAAAUGCAUUUAGAACUCCAAGCUGACAGUGGUCUUUGACGAUUAAGAACUUUGGUUCAUCAUGCAAUUCAGGUUUCUCAAUUCUACAUCCUCUACUAGUAUAAGUAUCACGUGAUAUUGCUGUUGAUGAUUUUUCAUGCCGAAAAUUUUAGCUCGAUUAUUGAUUGCUAUUAUUAUUAUUAUUUGCCCUUUUGUGUGUAUAGGCUUAAAAUAUUGUUGUUUUGUUUAUUUAUUGUUAUUAUUUUUGUAUAAUUGGGAUAUCCAAAGCCCAUCCCAGUAGUUUAUAGAGGACUUGGGGAGGCGACAAGUGGUUAAUUUUAGGCUAAAUCAUAAAAAUAAAAAUAAAAAGUCCUUAAUUCCUAAUAUCUUUUUAAAAGUUGUAACAUUACCUAACCUUUUAUAAAUGCUUUAAAACUAAUGAAGUAGAAAUAUUGUAAAAUUUUGAUUGAAAGUGGGACAUGGAAUAGUGUAGUGAUGACCUAGAUCGAGUUAAAAUUCGAAUUUUCAUUUUUGAUCAUUGUCAUACUAAUUCUCGGUUCUAAUUUCCAUUCAAAAUUCUAAAAUAUUUCUUCUCAAAUUGUAGUUUUGAAAUGUUUAUAAAGGUUAAUGAGUAAUAUUGCAACUUUUAAAUGAAAGGAUUAGAAUUUGUGACCAUAGAUAGGUGAACGAGGGAGAUAGUAUAUAUCUAUUCUAAAUAUUAGGCAUCUGAAGCUGAGAACUUAGAAAAAUUCUAUAAACCUCUCAAGUAAAUCUAUCAAGUUGUUAGCAACGUAUGAGAAGAAUUAGGUACAGUAGCCAAUAGAAGUGAAUGGAUGUGGCUUUUGAUAAUAAUGAGGAUUCAGUUGCCAAUUUGACUAUGUAUCAACAAUACUCAAAUUACUCACUUCUGAAACAAUUACAAUUGUUGAAUAAUCAAAACCAUUUAGAACCUUCCCAAAUCCAAAUCCAAACCCAAACCCAA